AUGACGCCAGUGGCGCCCGUCGCCCCCGUCACCCCUUGGGUGCCGACCACGCCGUUGACCCCGACGCCCCCCAAACCGGCGGUGACGCCCGUCGCGCCCGUCGUCCCUGUAAGUCCGGUGCCGCCUGUCGCUCCCGUCGCGCCGGUCGUGCCCACGCCUCCCGUAAUACCAUUUGUCCCGAGCGCCCCGGAACUGCCGCUCACCCCGGUCGCCCCUGUGAAGCCCGUCAACCCCGUCGGGCCGGUCGCCCCUUGGCUGCCCUUGUUCCCGGUGUCGCCGGUGAUUCCGGUCGCUCCGGUUCCUCCGGUGAAUCCGGUGCCUCCCGUUCCUCCGGUAAUUCCCGUCCCGCCCAAAAAACCAGUCGCUCCCGUAACUCCGAUUCCUCCUGUGAAUCCCGUGACGCCCGCGACUCCCGUUGCCCCCAAUUCUCCUACCGGUGGCAAAUGA